AUGGUCAAAGCAGAGAGACAAAGGAAAAUCGUAUCGCGCUAUUAUGCGCGGUUUUUACCCCACGAAAACGUUUUGCGUACAAAAUUCGACAUCGAGACUAGGAUAUCGCCAUCGGACAUUGUCGUGAUGUGUUCAGGAUGUUAUUAUAGUCCAUCAACCUCGAACGCAUCGAAGAUGAUACGCCAUGCACGAAAGGGUUCAUCAGUGUGCACAAUUGCAAUUAAAUGCGGUUUCCACUCGCAUAUACGUGACUUGAUGGACCUGAGGCUAAAGCGUUUCAAGCAGAAAUUAACACCGAUGGAACAGCUGAUGGUAGGAGUUGUUGCGGUGGCGCUACGUUUUCGAUCCGAAUGCGAUAAUGUGACUGGUCCUGAGUUAGCUGUAUGGGUAAAUACAAUUUAA